GACUGUAAAAAUGAAUGUAUUCAGCUGCUCAUUUUCCAUCAUCAUCUUGUGUUAGGGCAUUUUUCUUUGGCGAGUGGUCUUCCAUGGUAAGACUUGAUGGCAAAACGGUCAUCAUUACAGGAGCCAACACUGGCAUUGGGAAAGAAACCACAAGAGAUUUAGCAAAAAGAGGGGCCAGGAUCAUCAUGGCUUGCAGAGAUAUUGUCAAAGCUGAAGCGGCACAGAAAGAGAUUGUUACAGAGUCAGGCAACCAAAACGUCAUUAUCAGGAAACUAGAUCUGGCAGACACCAAAUCCAUCAGAGCGUUUGCAGAGGUCAUAAACAAUGAGGAGAAGCAAUUACAUAUUCUUAUAAACAAUGCUGGAGUCAUGAUGUGCCCCUAUUCUAAGACAGCCGAUGGCUUUGAGAUGCAAUUUGGAGUCAAUCAUUUGGGCCACUUCCUGCUAACUCUGCUGCUGAUCGAUUUGCUGAAAAAGUCUGCCCCGUCAAGAAUCAUCAUCCUGUCCUCCAUGGCUCAUAGCUGGGGCACCAUUAAACUGGACGACAUCAACAGUGAGAGGAGUUACCACAGCAGGAGGGCGUAUGGACAGAGCAAGCUAGCAAAUAUCCUCUGUGCUCGAUCCCUGGCCAAAAGACUUAAAGACACAGGAGUGACAGUGUAUGCUGUCCACCCAGGCAUCGUUCGCACUGAACUAAAGAGGCACAUGAACCUUGGGCUCCUUUGCAUGUGGAAAAUGGUCAGGCCUUUCACUAAGACGUCAGUGCAGGGAGCUCAGACUUCAAUCUACUGCGCUGUGGAGCCAGCCCUCGAUUCACACAGUGGCGGCUAUUUCAGCAACUGCAGACCUGCAAGUUGCACAAGAGCUGCUAGAGACGAUGGAAUGGCACAGAAGCUGUGGGACCUCAGUUGCCAGAUGCUUGGCGUGAGCUGGGAAUGAAUGUAAAAAUGUUUAGGCAUAGACACACCGGCCACUUUGUUAGGAACCAUCAUGGGCCACGUGCAUAGUAAGAAAAGCCUCAUAUUUCUGAGACAACCCAUUAUUAUUGUAAUUGAGAUCAAAUGAAUGAAUGAAUUAGCAGCCCAGUUAAUAUUUGCUACAGGGGUGGCACGACAGCUUUUUUGACAGCUUUCGCGGUUAGGGCAGAAAGACAUAGCUUUUGCCAUUUUUGGGACUAUUUAAGACAUAUUUUCCUAGUUACCUAAUUAAUACAUUCCAGAUUCCUGAUGUUAUCAGAUAAAACAGAUACAUUUAGCCAUGUGUUUGGCAAGAA